AUGGCAGAACUAACGUCCACCAAGCUCAACCCUGAGAGCCAUAUCAUCCUGGACCAACCACUCCUCCGGCUCCCCCAGGAACUCGCGCGCAAAAACUUCAAAGCUGUACAACGAGCUGUCGAGCGAGAGAAAGAAUAUGUCAUCCCCGCACUCAAAGACACCACCAAUGCCUCUCUCUCCAACACCCAGUCGCCCGAUCAGACACUUGCCGCACUCGACGCAAUGAUAUCCAGAAUGCAAGGACUCAAGCGGAGAAUGGAGACUUUGCAGCAAGAGGAGAAGGAGAUACACAAACAAUCAAUGAAGCGCAUCCAACACCUGGAAACCAUGCACCAUAUUCCAAGUCUGGCGGAUGUCAUGUAUGACCAGUGGUCACGUGUACGACUGGACCGACUACUCGUGGACCACAUGCUGCGCUCGGGAUACUCGAAAAGUGCGACGCAAUUGGCACAGGAGAAGAAGAUUGAGGAUUUAGUAGAUCUCGGUGUGUUCACACAGUGCCAACGGGUGGUUGAGAGCUUGAAACGCGGGGAAACAAAGGAGGCGUUACAGUGGUGCGGGGAGAAUAAAGCAGCACUCAAAAAGAGCAAGGUUAGUUGGGACGGCACUUUCUUCGUAGCUUUGACUGACUGGCGGUAUCUGAAGCAUAAUCUUGAAUUCGAACUCCGGUUGCAGCAAUACAUCGAGAUGGUCAGGACACAGGACAAGUCUAAGAAGAUUGAGGCAAUUAUCCACGCCAAAAAAUACCUCAUCUCAAGUCAGCAAUCCGAGAAUUCAGAGAUUCUGCGUGCAGCAGGAUUGCUUGUUUUCACACAGGACACACGAGCCGAGCCCUACAAAACUCUUUUUGCACUAGACCGUUGGCAAUAUCUCUCCAAUCUGUUCGUGCAGACUCACCAUGAAUUGCUCUCGCUCCCGUCACAGCCACUAUUGCACAUUGCUCUUUCGGCUGGGCUUUCGGCACUUAAGACGCCUUUAUGCCAUUCGGCAUACACAUCAUCUAGCUCAAAUUCACAGUCUACAUCGACAUCUGUAUGUCCGAUCUGCUCGACUGAGCUAAAUGAGCUAGCGCGCAAAAUGCCGUACGCCCACCACUCGAAGAGCUAUGUAGAAAGCGACCCGAUAGUUCUACCCAAUGGCCGAAUCUACGGGAAACAACGGCUCCUAGACAUCAGCACGAAGAUAGGAUCAGUCGAGGCAGGCAAGGUGAAAGACCCGACGACGGGUGAGAUAUUUAGCGAGAACGAGAUGAAGAAAGUGUACAUAAUGUGA